UGUCAAAGGUCCCAAACAGUCACUUCGAGCGAGACUCUACUGUACGUACUGAACUGGAGAGCUUCGUGGAUGGCUAAAGGUUUCCCACCUGAGCCGCAGAAGACGCAUUCACCAGUUUGGCAAACCCAGUAACAAUAUAUCCUUUAUGAUCUCUGCAGAUGCCGGCGACCGCUUCUUCGGUCGAGCCUUCGAUGAAGGAGCCGACGUUGAACUUUAGGGAUCCUUCGGCCGGUUGGAUCCACCGCUGUGAAACGACUACACCAGAGAGUCGUCGCCACCAAUGCCAUCCGUGGUACAUCUGCUCCUUCAACUGUGAAUUUCGUCAACCAGUCAUCAAGACGUGAGAUUUCCUGAUUAUUGAAUUGGAUUUUUAAGCGAGGUUCAGCCCAUACGAACUGUGUCCAUGGACAAAGGAGAAAAAUAUGCUCAACUGUUUCAACUCCCUGCCGGCAUAGAGAACAGACCGGGUCAGGAAUUGUAAAGAUCGACAUAGCAUACUGUGGAAGGGCUUGGACAACAAUUUUUACCAGAAUCUCCUUUCCAGCUCUCGAAAUCAAAUGCUCCUUCCAACCCUCUAGUUUAGCAUUCACUCUUCCUAGAAUCCAGGGAAAAUAUUGCCCUGAAUUUGUCAGCCAUCGACAAAAGCACUCUGUUCCUUCGCUAUCAGAACAGGCAGCCAUUUCUUUAGUCUAUUCGCCUUGUGGGAUCAAAGAAAAAUAUGUUCAACCGUUUCACUCUACAUCGCCCAGUGGAAUUAGGUAAAUGUCUACACCAGCAAUCUGACUUUCUAAGUGCCAUCUGCCAUGGACAAUUUAUAGCCAAAUCGAACGAGUCUUUUGCUUAGAUGACAUAGCGAUCGAUGUCAUACACGGGCAAUUCUAUAAUUUCAUUUAGAACAAACGGAUUGGACAGAAAUCUAUUGAAAUGUGUUGUUUGCAAGGGAGGGACUGGUGGAAGAAAAGGAAAAAAUAAAAGGAAUUUCCAUAAAAUUUGGAAAUGAAGACGCCAUUCGGGAAAAGAGAUGGGUACAUCAUCGGGAGCUGGAGCUUUGUCUGCAUCCACAGGUCGAAUGCAUAAGAAGAGAGGAUCCAUGAGAGCAGAACAUAACUUCGACUUCAACCAGCUAAAGAUACUUCUCCGCUGUAGAGUUUUACCUGCUUCGCGAGACGACACGGCAAAGAAUCCUCCAUGGAUACCCAAGACAGUUCAAUUCUGAAACAAUCGCCAGAGGUUCACUUAGACGUGGAUUCAGAAGGCAGGACAAUCGAUAAAGCUUUCCAAGGCGGUCGUAGACCAACUGAAGAGAUUCACGUAGACUCAACUUCAGAAGAGACGGCAAAUGAUAAAGCUUCCCAAGAUGGUCACAAAACAACUAGAGUCAAGCCAACACCGGUGGUCAAUGAAAAGUAUCGAUUAUUGUUUGAAGUCGCAGUAAAAGGUGAUUGGAAAGCUGCCGAGAGAAUCCUCAGUCACAAUCCCAAAGCAAUGACGGCCAAAGUUAUGACUGUAGAAGGUGAUGACCUUACUAUACUCGAUAUUGCGAUUUUGGUCGGACAAGAUCAAUUGGUCGAGAACCUGGUCAAGCGCUUCCCUCUGGAAUCUGAAGCUUUCACUAUUAGUGCCCUCUCCCAUGCUACCCGGAGAGGAAGAAUAACGGGGAUAAAGGAAUUAGUAGACAAACUUGACAAAGUUGGUGAACAAGGCGGAACCCUUGCCCUGUUGAUUGCUACUACAAAUGCUCCUAGGCAAAAGGAGGUUAUCCGGUACCUAGCCAUGAAUACAAAAUCCACCCCAGAGGAUGAUACCAUCAGCAACCUCAUUAGGGCCGGCCAUUUGGACAUACUUUUGGAUUUAGCUAGUCGAUACCCCGGCUUAGCGACGACCGCAAAUACCAGAAACGGUAGCUUGUUGGAAGUCUUUACACAGGUGAAGUCUUACUACCAUAGUGGAGCUAAACUCAAUUUUUGGGAAAAAUGUAUUUACCAAUGUAUCCCUCGCUUGGUUGAUACAUCAUUUGACAACGCCAAAGACAUGAAGAUGGUUCAAGGUAUUUGUGUUAAUAUGCACGAUGGAUGGACUAACACGACAAAAAGCAUAUCAUAUAGAGAUCUUAUUCACAAAAUAGGCAAAAUUGCUUAUCUGAUGUUACGUGCAACACCUUUUAUCAAAAGGAUUGGAGAAUUGAAGUUAAGGCACGAAUGCUCGCUUGAGUUAGCAACUCUAGUUUUUAAAGAGAAGAAGGCUAGUAUGGAAACUCCUGAAAUACUCGAAUUGACUUCAGCCAUUGUCCUUGACGCUGCAUCUAGCGGAAUCUCUGAAAUUGUUAAGUUAUGUCUUGAGAAUUAUCCGGAAUUGAUGUGGGAUAAAGAAUUCACGAAAAAACUAAUGGAAGAAGUUGUGAGGGCACGACAUGUUGAGUUGUUUAGACUAAUAAAUGCGUACAACACAAUUCCAAAAUUGAGGUACAAAUUUCAAAGGAACUGCGACCUGAUGGCGGCAGUAGUAGAAUGGUCACCAGGAUAUGUACCGGCAGAUGUUUCUGGAUCAGCUUUUCUUUUGCAAAGGGAAAUUCAAUGGUUUAAGAUACUGGAAGAUAGGAGCUCUCCUUUAAUCAAAAGUCUGAAAUUUAAGAUGAAGGUGAAGAAAGAAAAGAUCGGUCCUUCUUCUGAAAGGCUGGAAUUGGAACUAACAAAAGAAAGGAGGGGCAAAACAUAUUGGGAAGUUUUUCUAGAACAGCGCAAAGAUUUGCUCAAAGAGGCAACACAAUGGAUGAAGGAUACAUCAUCAUCUUGUAGCCUUGUAGCGACUCUCAUCAUAACGGUAGUUUUUGCUGCGGUUUUUACACUACCUGGAAGCAACGACAACAGGACAGGGAUCCCGAUCUUUCUAGAGAAGGGUUCAUUUAUGGUAUUCGCGGUUGCGGACGCUCUAGCUCUAUUCUCCUCUAUCACCGCCACCUUGAUGUUCUUGGCUAUCCUAACUUCACGCUAUGCCACAGAAGAUUUCCUCCACUCACUACCAAGAAAAAUGAUACUGGGCCUCACUUUUCUCUUCCUCUCUUUGGCCUUUAUGCUCGUGGCUUUCGGCUCUGCUCUCACGAUCGUCCUAAGCGAACGAUUGAAGUGGAUUUACAUCCCCAUUGCUUUGUUGGCUACCAUCCCUGUCAUAAUGUUCGCAAUCCUACAACUUCCUUUGUAUGUUGAAAUGGUUGAAUCCACUUAUCGGCCUCGCCUCUACCGUCCUGUCAAGAUUUGGAAAUGAUUUGUGCUAUUAUUAUUGAACAAGGACAUCUUUGACGUGAUCUUUGUUUGCUCUUGUUACUAUGAGUAAAAUGUGAAUAUCGUGGUGUUUA